AUGGCGACUAUGGUGGAUCCUCCGAAUGGGAUCAAGCCUCAAGGGAAGCAUUGUUUCCGGCUGUGGCAGACAUUGUUUGAGAUUGACACCAAAUAUGUUCUUAUCCAACCCGUAGGAAAAGGAUCCUAUGGGAUCGUCUGCUCUUCCUUUAACACAGAAACGAAUGGGAUAGUUGCCAUUAAGAAGAUCAAGAAUGUGUUUGAGAGUCAGAUUGAUGCACUGAGGAUGUUGAGGGAGAUGAUUUUGUUGAGGCACAUCAAGCAUGAAAAUGUAAUUGCUUUGAAGGAUGUUAUGAUGCCGACCCACCGGAAAAACUUCAUGGAUGUUUAUCUUGUUUAUGAACUCGUGGAUACCGAUCUGCAUUGCGUCAUUAGGUUCUCUCAACCUCUUUCCCGUGACCACUGCCAGUUUUUUCUUUGUCAGCUGCUUCGGGGGCUGAGGUAUCUUCACUCAGCAAAUAUUCUUCAUCGAGACCUAAAGCCAGGCAACAUCCUCAUCAAUGCGAACUGCGACCUGAAAAUAUGCGAUUUUGGACUAGCGCAUACCAGCAGAGGUGACGGUGAGUUCAUGACAGAGUACGUUGUCACCCGAUGGUAUCGGGCUCCAGAGCUUCUCCUCGGCUCUGACACUUAUGGAGCAUCCAUUGACGUCUGGUCUGUUGGAUGUAUUUUUGCUGAAAUCCUUGGCCGAAAGCCUAUCUUCCCCGGAACCGAUUGCUUUGAUCAGCUUAAACUAAUAAUCAGUGUUCUUGGGAGUCGGCUGGAAGCUGAUCUAGCAUUCAUUGUUAACCCAAAGGCCAGGACAUUCAUCAGUUCAUAUUCCUUUAUACGAGAGGAAUCCCAUUUGUGCAGUUGUAUCCCGAGGCGGAUCCUCUAGCGAUAGCUUU